ACAGUCACAAAUAACCCGGGAAUUUUUCGAUGAUCACAGUCCACUCCUCUCUCUCUCUCUCUGAUGCGCUAAUUCGUCUAAUCUCUGAAGAUGAGUAGCUUGUACAGGCUUGGAACCCUAAAUUUCUCCCCUCCUCCGCAACUAUACUUCAUGGUGUUUGGUAUAAUGAGAGAACAAUGGCGCCUGUCGCUGGAGUUGUUAGAAUCUAGUGUCUUGAAUUAGGGUUUUCAGAGGGUUUUAGUGAUGGAGGCCAUUGUUCAGCAAAAAAAGGAGAAUGAAGAUUGCAAGCCUUAUUUGAACCCUGGGAAGCCUCUCCCAGGAGAGAAGUCAAUGGAUGAUAUAUGCGAUGUUGCUCAAAAGAUGGCUUCUCAACCGGUCCAGGUCUCCGAUCCUCGUGUUUGGGGAGUUUUAACUGCGAUCUCAGACAAAGCGAGGAAGAGAUCACAGGGAAUAAACAUUCUUUUAGAUGGCGAUGAACAUAUUUUUGGUCGUUCGGUGAAGGGGCCGAAGAGUGCUGUGAUUAGUUUUCCUGCAGUUAGUGGGUUCCACUGCAAAAUUAGCAGGAAGAAAUUGUCGGUCGAAAAUGGGGAGGAACCUAGUUACUAUUAUCUUGCUUAUUUAAAGGAUACCAGUACCAAUGGCACAUUUCUUAAUUGGACAAGGUUGACAAAAGAUGCCCCAGCAGCGGAACUUCAGCACGGGGAUAUUGUAUCCCUAGUUCAUCCUCCUGAGAAUGAAAAUGCAUAUGUAUUUGUAUAUAGGGAAGUGAAGAAAGAUGUCUGUUCCCCCACUAUGAUUCCGGUUUUAAAGAGGAAACAAGGUGAUGUGGAGGAGUUUGUUGCAGAAAGCAAGAGGCUAAAAGGUUUAGGAAUUGGUGCUCCUGAUGGUCCUGUAUCUCUUGAUGACGUCAGAAGGUUGCAGAGAUCAAAUGAGGAUCUGAGAAAGCAACUGGAGUCUCAUGUUCUUACCAUUGAGACUUUGAAUAGUGAGAACCGGGCUUGUGCUGUUCGCCAUGAAAAUGAGCUGAAAGAGCUAAGGGAAUCAGUAUCCCAAUCUUAUCUUGAUGAAAUUAAAGAUCUUCGCCACACAUUGAAUGUUAGACAGAAGGAACUGGCGGAGCUCAGUGCUUUAUCAGCUGAUCGGCAAAACUCAAUUGAGGACCUCAACCAACAGCUCGCAGCAUCCACACAGUCGAGGACUGAUGCAGAAGAAAUACUUCAGAGUCAGACAGCAACAAUAUCUGAACUUGAAGCUCAGUUAGAAGAAGAGCGGAACCAACGAAGGAAUGAAAGAGAAAAGUCGAUGGCAGAUUUGCAAGCUGCAUUGCAGAGAGCACGUUCAGAAGCACAGGAGGAAUUAAAAAGACAAGCUGGUGAUGCCUUGAGACAACAGAGAGAGCAACAGGAGGUUAUCAAUAAGCUUCAGGAAGCAGAUAAAGAAAGUCGGCUACUUGUGGAAACAUUGAGAUCCAAACUGGAAGAUACAAGAGAAAGCUUUGUCAAAUCAGAGAAAAAGGUCCGGCAACUAGAAGCACAGCUACAUGAAGAACAAUUAGCUUCUGCAGAUGCCCAAAAGAAAGCAGCAACGGUGAAGGCUGAAUUAAGAAGAUUGGAAAAGGAACUCGAAAAUGAAAAGCAGGUAGCCAGAGAAGAGGCGUGGGCCAAGGUUUCUGCACUUGAGCUUGAAAUGGCUGCUGCAAUUCGCGAUCUUUCAAUUGAGAAACAAAGGUUUCAGGGUGCUAGAGAAAGAAUUAUACUCAGGGAAAGUCAGUUACGUGCAUUCUAUUCCACCACGGAAGAGAUCUCUGCUCUCUUUGCAAAGCAACAGCAACAACUGAAGGCAAUGCAAAGAGCUCUUGAAGAUGAGGAGAAUGGUGAGAACACAACAGCCAAUGUCGAGAUUGAACAAAAUAGAGAAAACAUUUCAAAGGCGCCAACUUCAUCUAAAGGAGCUCAAAGGAGCAAAUCAGCAGGAGAAACCUCCACUGCCUCGACCCGAAAGGGAUGUGCAAAUGAAAGCAUGAGUGACACAAGCAUCCACAUAUGUAAACAAGAGGCCCAUUUGGGUGCCAUUAUUGGUGAAGAGAGAGAGAGCAUUGAAAAGAGAAUUGGUGAGGAGAGAGAAAGUGGGCAUACCAAUGAUGAGGGGUGCACCAGUAAUGCCCAAGAAAUGAAGGGAUUUGGGUCAGAUAUAGAAGCUAUUGGCACUGAACUUGAGCAUGGGCAUGACCUCAUGGGCACGGAACAAGUCCAUGGUGUGGAUCUUGAUGGGACAGAGAUGGUUGAGAUUGGGUUAGGUGCUAGAAGGUCUGGUUAUUCGAAUAACGCCAAUCUUGCUGGUGAGACAAUGGAAAUUGAUGAUGAGGCCCAGACAAAUAUGGAAUUAGAUAUAGUAAGAGAAAGCAGCAACAAGCCAAAAAGAAGCUCUAGCUCACAAGCCAAGGAACCCGAAACCCUUGUGGAACUAGAUGUAGAGAGAGAAAGAGAUGAUGACCCAAAAAGAAGCUAUUUCCCUGGAGAAAAUGACCAGCAUAAGAGCUUGAAGAGAGUGGAAGAUACAGAGGAGGUAGCUAAAGAGGAGGAUAACCAGCACGAGAGUUUGAAAACUGCCGAUUUAUUGGCCUCUGAGCUUCCCGGGAGCUGGGCAAUGAGCACCGCACCUUCUUUUCAUGGAGAGAAUGAAUCGCCAAGGAGUGGCUGUCGAGCCAUUGAUGCACAAAACGAUGGUGAAGAGGAUCAGGCUUGGCCCGAGCUCUUGAGCCAAGUGGCAACAAGUGGGUUCAAGGAAAAUGAGGCUAUGGCUAGCCAGAAUAUGCCUCUACGAGAAAUGGAUCUUGGUUUAAGUCAAGAGCAUCAGGCUUUGAGUGAGAUGAUUGAUAUUGUCGCUCCGGAUUUCAGGCAGCAGUUUCAGAAAGAAGUUGAGAGUGAGUCUUCUUCUGGGGAGGAAACACAGGCUUACAGUAGCGAGGAUGACAGCAAGUGAGCGCAAUGUAGUGGGGAUGAUAGAGAGAGAAGACAUGGUAGUGGAAAUGAGAGAGAAAGCCAAACUGAUCACUUUAUGACUUGGAACUUGUUGAGCCAAGAUGAGUUAUGCCGCAGGCACUGACUUGAUAAAAAAAAAGAGUUGUGUGAAGUUGUGGAGUUCAUGUCAAGGCCAACAAGUUAUGCCAGGCUCUUGGGUACCUCACAUUGUAUAGCCAACUGAGUAAUGUGAGGCUCAAAGGCCAAAAAAACCUGUACGCCUUCUAGGGGAAGAAAGGACUGGGCUGGGCUGACGUCCUCUCUCUUUCUCCCCCAAUUUCUCUCCCCCUAAGCCGCUUUUUUUUGUCUCCUAGCGAAAGAAAGGACUGGGCAGGGCUGCUCAAAAAUUUUUCUGGCCAGGCCUAAGUCAGGCUCGAAAAAUAAAAUUUCAAGUGGGCUGGGUUGGGCCAGUCUAGAGUUUAUUUGGGCAUCUCACUGGCCAUCCCAAGCCUGGCACGGUGGCGACCAUACCUAUCUUCAAGGAUCUCAUACUUCUUUUUAGCCACCUAUGUAACUUCAUGCAGUAAUCGCGACUGCUCGGUCCACUUUUCUAUCUCUUUUUGGGUGGGCAACGUCACUCCACAUUUCUGCCUUCUCCAAUCUCUUUGCAAAUCUCUUUAUCAACCUCACCCUAAUCCUAAUAGGAACCCCUUGUAUGUUCCUAUGAGAGACCUACGACCAUAUAAAAAUCCACGGAGUCAAACAGACGCCCAAUUAUAUAGCCAGCAUUUGUCUAGAUAUAACCUACAGUUCAAGGGUUGGUGACCUACAUACAAUUCAAGGGUUGGUGAGUUGUAGCUUCUCUAAGUAUCAGGGUAGCCUUAAAUAUGACUACUUAUGUGACCCCUGUAUCAUUUGCGAUGCCACUUCUUUUCUGUGCCACGAUUGUAUAUAUGACAAUGCCAUACCAUGUUCGCGCCGAGCAUCAUUCGCAAUAUCUUUGGGAUUGAGAUUCAUCAAGCCGGUCAAACGGGCUCUAGCUUUGCUGGUAACCCAUUGGCUUUGUGCUAAUGGCUGAUCGACCCUUCCUAUUGUUCUUAUACAUGUAUGGCCAUUUACCAACUCUUUCCCCUUGAAGUACUUUUUGGGGGCAACUCCAGAGCGAUGUGCUUGCCAGGUGCACCCCUCUCAACAUAGAAUGUAACUACACGCUCUUGAUAAAUUUUCAUGAUACGUGGAAUAAUCUA